AUGGCCUUCGUCCGCGGGGGGCUGCUGUGCAUUGCGUUGCAAACAGCUCCCUUGGUGGACGCUUCUUUUGCCAUCGUGUGCCCCAUUGAAAUACACCCACCGUGCGGUACUUCUGUUAUCUUGCGUGAUAACGACGCGGACGCGGGCGCGGACAGCGGCACCUGCCGCUGUUGCCAUUUUGGUUUUGACACCAGGGCCCUCCACAGUGGCGGUUUCCACUUCCGCAGGCCGCCUCAAGCAGCUCGCUGCUGCUGCUGCUGCAGCACCACCAGCACCCCACAACACUGUGGAGAAUCUUCUGUUUCUGUCAGCGUCGAAUGUCUCCGCCCAGCUGCGCAGCCAGUGGCAGCAGGUGACGGCGGCACCGCAGAGGAGCCUGGCCCGUAUUCGCCACGCUUCUGCGUCAUUACCAGAGGCAUGACGUCAAGACGCGUAUCGGUUGCAACUUGGUCGUGCAGCGAAACUGAUUGCUAUCGUCUUUCCAGCAUCCGUUUCGCCGCGUCCCUGUUAUUUUCGGUGCAAACACACAAACAGGCAUACAUAUAUCUAUACACACAGACACAGACACAGACAUAUAUAUAUAUAUAA